AUGUUGCGGACAGUUUACUUGACAAUUUUCCUUCUUGGAAAUUUCGUUAGCUGUCAAUUGGAUAACGAUAAUGUUAUGGAAAUUCAAAAUUCAAUGACUCGUGGGAGAUUUUUUCCGCUAUUCAGUGUUAUCCGUUUUGCAAAUACACAAUGCCUGGCUAGCAACAAUUUAAAUGGUACAUGUUUUACUAGAAGAGAAUGUCGUGAUUAUGGUGGAACACCAUCUGGUAGUUGUGCAAAUGGACAUGGCAUUUGUUGUGUUUUUCAAAAGACAUGUGGUUCUACAACAAAUGUAAAUAAUACAUAUUUUACAAACCCAGAAUAUCCGACUACUUAUGAAGGACAAGGACGAUGCACAAUAACGGUGCAACGCUGUAAUUCAAAUAUAUGUCAGUUACGCUUAGAUUUUUUGGAAUUCAGUCUUGCUUCACCAAAUGCCAGUGGAAUUUGUGACUAUGACGUUUUACUAGUUUCUGGAUCUGGAACUUCAGUACCUCGAAUUUGUGGAGAAAAUGCAAACCAACAUGUAUAUAUAAAUUUUAAUGGUGAUACACCCAUUACGAUAUCAGUAGAUACUAAUUCUCAAUAUACUACAGAUCGUCGUUGGAAUAUAAGAAUUCAACAAUUACCCUGUGAUGCUACAUAUAAAGCACCAAAUGGAUGUUUACAGUACUAUAAUAGCAUUUCCAAUAUUGUAACAAGUUUUAAUUAUGGUACAACACAGAAUCCAAGAGCACCAGAAAUUGGUACACGACAAAUUGCAAAUACAAAUUACGGUAUAUGUAUUAGAAUGGCACAAGGAUAUUGUUCUAUUGAGUGGUCUCAAACAAGUAUGAAUUCAUUUUCGGUUUCUGGAGAUACAGGUUCUUUUGACCCUACCAUAAUAGCAUAUUCUAAACCAUUUGUGUUGUAUGUUGUUACAAAUGGAGACGAAGAUGGUGAGAUUGAAAAUAAAGGGUUUUCAUUAAGAUAUCAACAAAUACCUUGUACAGUUUAAAUAAAGAAGUUCUUGUUCUAAAUAGAACAUACAUGGUAUAAUAUAAUAUUA